UUCUCGUGUCAAUCGUGUGUUCGCUAGGGUUCUUUCUCCGCAAACAUCACUUCAUUGUAGCUGCUUCCAAGGAUCGAGAAGAUGACGAAGAACUACCCGACCGUCAGUGAGGAGUACAAGAAGGCUGUUGAGAAGGCCAAGAAGAAGCUCAGAGGCUUCAUCGCCUCCAACAACUGCGCUCCGCUCAUGCUUCGUCUGGCGUGGCAUUCAGCUGGUACAUUCGAUGUGAAGACGAAGACCGGUGGUCCAUUUGGAACCAUGAAGUACCCUGCGGAGUUGGCUCAUGGUGCCAACAAUGGCCUUGAUAUCGCCUUAAGGCUUCUGGAAUCCCUCAAGGAGCAGUUCCCCAUGGUCUCCAACGCUGACUUCUACCAGCUUGCUGGUGUCGUCGCCGUUGAGGUUACCGGUGGACCGGAAGUCCCUUUCCACCCCGGUAGGGAGGACAAGCCCCAGCCACUUCCUGAGGGUCGUCUUCCUGAUGCGACCAAGGCAGGCACUGACCAUUUGAGACAGGUCUUCAGUGUGCAAAUGGGACUCAGUGACAAGGAUAUUGUUGCACUCUCUGGUGGCCACACCCUGGGAAGGUGCCACAAGGAGAGGUCUGGCUUUGAAGGACCAUGGACUACCAACCCUCUCAUCUUUGACAACUCUUACUUCACGGAACUCUUGACUGGAGAGAAAGAAGGCCUUCCAUCUGACAAGGCUCUUCUAGGUGAUCUUGUUUUCCGACCUUUGGUUGAGAAAUAUGCUGAGGUCUGUCUCUGGUCUUGAUGCUAUAGCAUUGUUUAUACUGUCAUUGGAACAUUAUU